AUGGAGCCAGGCGACUUGCGAGAGAGCCCCGCCGGGUCUGGGGAGUCAGAUGGGGGGGAAUGGAGGGAGGGUAUCCCCGGUGGGGACGAGGAGGUCAAAGCUGCCGAAACUAAUGGAAACACACAAGAACCGGCGCUCAGGGACACCUGUGAGGACGGCGAGAGUGACAAACAGAAAUGCGUGGGAGAGCAAUUACACAGCCCCUACGAGGAGGAGCUGGACCCCAGGAUCCAGGAAGAGCUGGAGCAUCUCAAUGAAGCCAGUGCUGAAAUCAACAGACUAGAACUGCAGUUGGAUGAUGCCAGAUCAGGCUACCGGAAGAUCCUCACCGAAUCCGCCAGGAAGCUAAAUGCUCAGAGCUCUCAGCUUGGUGGCUGUAUAGAGAAAGCAAGACCCUACUAUGAAGCUCGUCGCCUUGCGAAAGAGGCACAGCAAGAGACCCAGAAGGCAGCUUUGAGCUACGAGAGAGCCGUUUCUAUGCACACAGCCGCCAGGGAGAUGGUCUACGUGGCAGAGCAGGGCCUGAUGGCUGAUGGGAAGAACACCCUGGAUCCUACCUGGCAGGAGAUGCUCAACCACGCUACGUCCAAGGUGAACGAAGCCGAGGAGGAGCGACUCCGCAGUGAGAGGGAGCACAUGCGAGUCACGCAUGCCUGUCAGGAGGCUGAGGCUCGAGUUCAGAUGCUGCAAAAGUCCCUUAAAAGAGUGAUCGUGAAAUCCAAACCUUACUUUGAGCUCAAGGCCCAGUUCAACCACAUACUGGAGGAAAACAAGACCAAAGUGCUACAGCUGGAACAGCAGGUAGCCAAAGUGAAGACCCGCUACUCCAUUGCUCUACGAAACUUGGAACAAAUCAGCGAACAAAUCCACGCUCAGAGAGGAAGGGACCAGGCAGAGGGAGGCUGCCCCACUGUCUGCGGCGGGCGGAGUCCCCCCGUCGGAGCCGAGUCCGACAUCAGAGUGAAGAAAGAAGUUGCAGGCUGCAGCGGCGGUGCGGCCGGAUCAGAUCGAGUAGAUGCAGCCAUCGACUUGGUGGAGAAGUACAAAGAGAACGAAAAGGAGAGGGAGAGGGAGCGGGCGGGGUCGGAUUCCCUUUCAGUCUUCAGCCUGCAGACCAUCGCUUCCGACUUGGAGAAAUAUGACUCCAUCGAGCACCUCGGGGACCUCAGCGAUGUUGGGAGCGUAACAGGGGAUGAGGGGGAGAAAGAGAAAGGCGGAGUGAUCGAUAGAAGAGACAAGCUGACGGAAACAUCCGCCAAAGAGCGCCAGCAGCAAUUCUAUAAGCAGCACCACCGAAGCUUCAGUUUGUGAGGCUGUCAUAGAAUUAACAGCUGUCAACACGGCGGAAUUAAAACAUGAGUUAUCAAAGAGAACAUAUUAGGGCAAACAUCCCUAACACAUAGGUACCAACCAAAGUAUAAGACAGUGAAUUAGCUGUGAAACUGCAGCGAUGCAGUUGUAGGUGUAUGAUACUCGGUGUAAAUAAGCACACGUAGGUUGACUGACAUUACUCUAAAGCUGACUCUGAUCAAUAGUUAACAUUGCAGCUUAGUUAGAGCACUACUGAAAUCUAAUGCGCUUUCAGCCCUCCAGGACAAGUAAAGUGUGUAUAUACGCUCCCUGUGAGGGAUUCUGGGUAGAAUUUGUUCCUUGAGCAUGAAGGAACAGCGAAGACAGAUCAAAAGCCCUGUUCCAUCAGACAUAUUUAGAAAGGCAUCGUUUCUUACUUUUCCAGGCUAAUCGUUGAUCUAAUUUGGUGAGACUGGAGAAAACAAAUCCCUCCAUCGUUUUCCCCCCUCGGGUCACGUCGACUCUUAUCAGCGGUUGCUUCAAGGUAGAAGGGUGGCACUGUCUCUCCAUACACACUGAGAUCCACCAUCACAUCCACCCUCAUCAAGCUGGCGUAUAGGGAAGAAUGACAGAAACGUCUCUGUGUCGGCGCAGAGUGAAAGCAUGUUUUGAAUUCACAUUUCAUAUAUUUAUUUCCAGUCACAUGCUGCAAGUAGCGCUUCGUUAUUUCUGGCACGAGAGAAUGCGUUUUUUGAAAAUUCCUGAAUCGAUGAAGGGAAUGAAUGGAGUCUGGAGAUGAUAAAAGACUCCAUUUUACCACUCCGACAGCAUGCACUCCUGGUUGGCUUUUGAAUUAAAGCAGACAUUUACAACAUGUAUUCUGGGCUACAAGCUGAAACAAACACUGACACCUUUAAAGCUACAAUGAUGAAGCUCAGCCAUGUUUCUUUUUUUUUUUAAUGUCGUUACGCUGUAGUCUUACGAUGCAAAAAGCCUUUUUCCCGAAUUUGUAUUAUUUGAAUAUGGUUUACAUUUGUAUAAGUGGGUUUCUCUGGCAGCAGAUCUUCUAUUGUUUGCCUUUUGAAACAAAAAAGAUUGCCCGUGUUGUAAUUUGAAUUGUGCCUUGACACAGAACAAGUAACAAAUUUAGCAUGAGUCGUACUUUUAUCGUAAACUCAUCUGUAGUUCUGUUUAGAACCAUUUAAAGAACAAAGGUGUGCUCUUUUUAUGAUUAAAAAAAACAUUUUUAUUAAUCUGACUCACGCAGGCACCACACCCGCCAAGACUUGAAGAGUUAUGAUUUAUUUUUUGUUUUUUUUUUUCUGUAUUUUUCUUUUUACGAUAUUGUACUUUGAUUGUCAAAGAUGCAAAACAAUGAAGUCAAGAAAAUGACUUGUAAAUGUAUGUAAUUAUUACAAAGCUGGAAAAUACUGACAUGUACAGUUAAAACAUGCGUUGCUGAUUUGAAUAUUUGACAGGUUUGUUGUACAGAUGUUCUGGAUACCCACAAGUUGUCGUACAAGUGUGUAUUUAAAUCAUUACCGUUGCCUGAAACACCUCACCUUCACUUGUGUCUUAACAUUUAGUCUUUGACCUUUUAUUGGCAUUUGUGAAUUAGUCCAAAAAAUGUCACUGUUUCCAAAAUUAUGCAUCAUCAUACAUAUAAUCAAUAAACCAGAUCAUACUUCUUGG